UUUACGUUCUCAGAACAGGCAGAAUUUUCACCUCCGUUCUCAGAAUGUUUAAAAAAGUUUUAUUUUACCGGUCAGGAAAUGUAUGGCUUCAUUCCCAGAACCAAUAGGAAACGAAAAACAUAUGUUCCCACAACUUCCAAGGAACCAAAUGUGCUAACUGGGUAGGGUAUCAUACUUACUUGCACACAAGAUGGGGUCAAGAAGGAAUAGUAGUGCGGAUUUAUAUGAUAUUAUCCAAUUGAAUGUACUAUAAUAUGAUAUGGUAAAAUCCAAUUUAAUAUAGAACCAGAAAGGCAGUAGCUGGCUUGUAUAAUAAUGAUGCGCUAUAGGAGUUAUAGCCUAACACAUUGACUUCGUAGACAGAUGUAGAAUUGGUGAACCAGAUCCAAGUACAGUACAGGGAAAUGCAAUUAUCCCUUUCAACCUGAAAUACUCACUUACCCAGAAGUAUUGAAGAGCAGACACUAGAGCAGGUUUCAAACCUCUGUAGAGUAUGCUAACCUUUAGGGGGCCCACUUUGUCCUUGGGGGGAGUUGGUUCAUCGCUCACCGACCGACGGCUGGCUGCAUUGUUGAAUCCUGGUGUGGAAUGUGAGCUGUGUGCUCGGCUGAGGCCCUACGCUCUGCAUCUUGUUGUUUUUUCUGCCGUGGAAGGCCUUUAUGAAGCUCAUCUCUGUAAAGACAUACCUGCGUAUUUUAAGCAGGCAUGAUUUUCCUGUAAUCCCACCUGGAAUCAUGUUGGAUACUUAUAGCCAUGAAGCCAUCCCAAAGUUUUUACUGAGCCUUCAGAUGACUGGUUGUUGUUGAAGCUCCCCAAUGACAUAACAUGUAGAAUAACAUUGAUGAUGAGUCAACUUCAGUGUCGACGAUGUUCAAUAUGAAUUGUACAAUUUGACCUGAUAAUCCUCUUAUAAAUAGGCUAAGUCUAGAAGAUGACAGAUUUAAAGGCAACAUUAGCAAUAAAUAACUUUCCAGUAAGAAACCAGGGACUUCUAUUUAAAUGUGUGAAUCUUGUGACAUGACACAGUGACUCACAGUUUUAAAUAAGCUCCUAAAAUAUUGUAACAUUUUCCUUUGAGACUCCCUCCUUGUCAUGGAUGUUCUCCUUAUUAGAGCAGACUUGUUAUAACUUUUCAGUGCGAAACCAGGGAGCUCUCCUUAUGUUGUGGCAUGCUAGUUGAUUAAUAGUUUUACAACAGUUUUCAGAGAACCGUGAUACUUUAUUUUUGUCAAGGAGAUAUUUCUUGUGUUUGGCCUGAUUAGAACAGAUGGUUGCUUUAGUCUGUCCGGUGUUUGUAACAAGCUGAUUUGUGGGUAUUAUGACAGGAAGUGCAAUGUUUGGGUCUGAGGGUGACUGUCAGCAGGCCAGUGGCAGGCUGGCUUGCAGGCUGGCUCUAGUUUGAUGACUAACUUCGGAGGGGCUGAUAGGAGGAUGUACGAUAGGCAGGCAGAGAAAUGGGACUGGGAGUUGAGGUAAUCCACAGCGUAUUAGGGGUACUCCCCCCUCCCCCCUCUCCCCACACAGUGGAAAUGGACACUGCCUGCCAGUGUAUUUAUAGACCCAGAGCUCUCUUUAUUAAACACGUACAGGGAGCUGCUCAUAGUCACUGGAACUGUCCAGAUUGCAGUGGUACCUUCUAGAACGCAGGCAACCGUUAUUUCAAUGUGUUGUUUUCCUGUUUAAUAUGCCUAGUAGGGCUCAUCAUGGUUGUUAUUUGUGUUGAAAAUACCACCGGUUUCUAUUAACCCAGUCUUCUGAGUACAACCCCUUUGAGAUAUCCAAACAGAGAGAUGGAGGGAGGAGUGAUGAACAGAGGUGGGAUAGAGAAAGGAGUGAUGUCUGAGAAGCCAGUGAUCCAGACGCAGCUGUCCACGCUGCCCUUCUUCGAUACGGCCCACGCCUUCAACCUUCUCCGGGGGAUCCACGAGCUCCGUGCCGAGCGCAAGUUCUUCGACGUCACCCUAUGCGCCGAGGGCCAGGAGUUCCACUGCCACCGCACCGUGUUGGCCGCAGCCAGCACCUACUUCAGGGCCAUGUUCGCCGGGACACUAAGAGAGAGCGCCAUGGACCGUGUGGUUCUUCAUGAGGUGUCUGCUGAACUGCUGGGCCUGCUGGUGGACUUCUGUUAUACAGGCCGAGUCACAGUCACCCAGGAUAAUGUAGAUCUUCUGCUGAAGACUGCCGACCUGUUCCAGUUCCCUUCGGUCAAAGAGGCCUGCUGUGCCUUCCUUGAGCAGAGGUUAGAUGUCUCCAACUGCCUGGAGAUCCAGGACUUUGCCGAGGCCUACGCUUGCCGCAAUCUAGCCGUCAGCGCACGCCGCUUCGUCCUCAAGAACAUUGUGGAUCUGGCCAAAGGCAAGGACUUUGAGCAGUUGCCCUGGAAACGUUUGCUGGAGUUUGUGUCGGACGACGCACUGUGUGUGGACAAGGAGGAGACGGCCUAUCAGAUUGCGGUGCGCUGGAUCAAAGCGGACCUACAGAGGCGGCUCCACUACUGGCCCGAGCUGCUGCAGCAGGUCAGACUACCCUUCGUGCGCCGGUUCUAUCUACUCGCCCACGUGGAGAGCGACCCCCUGGUCUACCUCUCCCCCUCCUGCCUGAGAAUGGUGAGCGAGGCCCGGAGCUUCCAGUCGUGUGAGUACGACCGUCACGACAGACCCUGCCAACGCAUGCGGCCACGGCCCUCAACCGGCCUGGCUGAGAUCCUAGUUGUGGUGGGAGGCUGUGACCAGGACUGCGAUGAGCUGGUCACUGUGGACUGUUACAACCCUCAGACUGGACAGUGGCGCUAUCUGGCUGAGUUCCCUGAUCACCUGGGAGGGGGCUACAGUAUAGCUGCCCUGGGCAACGAUAUGUACGUCACAGGAGGGUCUGACGGCUCACGUCUCUACGACGGCGUGUGGCGCUACAACUCCAGCGUCAACGAGUGGACCGAGGUGUCGCCCAUGCUGAAAGCCAGGGAGUACCACAGUUCCUGUGUCCUCAAGGGCCAGUUGUACGUGGUGGCGCCAGACAGCACGGAGCGCUACGACCAUGCACUGGACUGCUGGGAGGCCCUGCCCCCAAUGCUGCACGCUAUGGACAACUGCUCCACCACCACCUGCAAGGGGCGCCUCUACGCCAUCGGCUCCAUGACCACCACGGGGGAGGAUAACAUGGCCAUCCAGUGCUAUGAUGUGGAAGCCAAUCGCUGGACCCUGGUCAACUGUGGUGAGCUGCCGCCAUGGUCCUUCGCUCCCAAAACUGUCACUCUCAAUGGGCUCAUAUACUUUGUCAGGGAUGACUCGGCAGAGGUCGACGUCUAUAACCCUCAGAAGAAUGACUGGGACAAGAUCAGUCCCAUGACACAGGUCCAUGUAGGAGGCAGUGUGGCAGCCCUGGAUGGUCGUCUCUUCGUGUCUGGUGGCUAUGACAACACGUUUGAGCUGUCUGACGUGGUGGAAGCUUAUGACCCCUCCACCCGUACAUGGACCCCCGCGGGCCACCUGCCACAGCCCACCUUCUGGCAUGGCAGUGUCAGCAUCUUCCGCCAGUUCAUGCCCGCCGUAUCCAACACUUUCGAACCCAUCGACCUGCCCGAGGCCAACUCCAUCCACCUGCACCGACACCACCGCAACCAGGCCCUGAACAACCACAACCUCAAUCUCAACCAGAACCAUGACGUCAACCCAGUGUAACACACUACAUGGACUAAUAGUUCAGGGGAUAUCAUCCUGAUCACUGUUUCAGCCAUUAGUGCCAUUUUAGGUUUACUUUGAAAACAGACACCUCAUUAUGAUACUACAGAUAGGUAGAAAGACGUUACAGUGCACUCUGCUUAUAGUGGAUGUGAUUUUAGUGAUUAACUGCUUAUAAAGAUCAAAUUGUCCUGCAUGGAUGAGAUCACUAUAGGACUGUAAUUACAUUACAUUGUGCCACUUCUGUGACAGAGCAUGUGUGCAGUUGUGUGAUCCCUAUGUUAUUUACUUGCCUGCCACUCAGUUUGCCUAUUAUUGACUGGACUAAUAGACUGGCUGGGUAUGAAGGUCUCAUGUUGGGGAAAGCACAAGCUACCCAUACAUGGGAAUCUACGGCAGGCAGUAGUAGUGUAUCGUCCUGAUUAUGGUUAUAUAAUUUUUUUACAUGAUCAACUAACUAUGGAGCUGUUUUCCACUUUCCGGUUGUUUAGAGUGAGAGCCAACAUCAUCCUUCAGAAUCAAUAACAUGAGCCCAGACAUUCCAAAAGCCAACACAACCACCACAAUGUUUUCUAGCGCUAAACCAGAUUUGAUAACCGUUGAGAGAUGUAUCUGGAGAUUUGUUCAGAGCUAUACUGCUAGGAACCUGCAAUGGAACCUUAGGAUGGAAUCAGAGCAUGGUUGCAUAUGAUGCAACUGGGACUGGGCUGAUAGAACCACAUCAAAGUGAUCGAUUCCAUAGAUGAGUUCUCAUUCUAUUUCUAUAUCCCGUUUAUACCUGGUGCUAACAUGGGUCUUUUGUCCUGAUCUUGUCUACAUUCUGAUUGUGCCCACAUUUCAAAAAAUGUGUCUACACGUGGUAUUAAACUGUCUGUUAUCCGUCCGGGCGGCAGGUAGGCUAAUGGUUAAGAGCGUUGGGCCAGUAACUGAAAGGUCACUUUUUAAAAUCCCUGAGUUGGCAAGGUGGAAAAUCUGCUGUUCUGCCCUUGAGCAAGGCACCAACAACAACAACUUCUCCCCAGGCGCCUUAAACGUUGAUUAAGGCA